UGUCAGUGAGUAUAAAAACCUCAAGAUCCGCAUUUCUUUUUUCUUUUCUUUUCUUUUCUUUUAUAAACAAGGGAAUGCUUCGAUCUAUUGCAACUCGCGUUGUUCAAACACGCUCUCCCCUCAUUAACGCUAGAUUUUUAGCUAGUCAAAGUAGUUCAGCUACUUCUGCCAUUUCUUUUAAGAAACAUAUCCGCCAACGUCGUUUCGGCCCCGUUCCAGUAGUCCCUCAGCCUACUGUUGAAGAUGCUGUGUCCAACAUCCUCUAUAACACACCUGCCCCUUCUCAACAGCCUGAAACUCGCCAUAUCUUGAACUGCUUGGUUCAAAAUGAACCUGGUGUUCUUAGCCGUGUUUCCGGUAUCCUGGCUGCCCGUGGUUUUAACAUUGAAUCCCUUGUUGUUGCUAAUACUGAAGUGGAAGAUUUGAGUCGUAUGACCAUUGUUUUCAAUGGUCGUAAUGUUCAAAUUGAACAAGCAAGACGUCAAUUGGAAGAUUUGGUACCUGUUUGGGCUGUUUUAGACUACACCAAGACCAAAUUGGUUGAACGUGAACUUUUGUUGAUCAAGGUGUCUAUUCUUGGUCCUGAACACUUGCACGAACAAUUGCCUACUGCCAGAUUAGAUGAUGAUGUAGAAUAUGAAGAUGAGAAUGUAUCUCAUUAUGAAAAGCAUGCCAUUGAGGCUUCUUCGGAUACCCUUCGUGAAACUUUCUCUCAUUUGCGUGCAUUAACAGAACUUACUCGUCUGUUUGACGGUAAGAUUGUUGAUGUCUCUUCUGAUUCUGUUAUCAUCGAAUUAAGUGCCAAGUCAAGCAGAUUGACUUCAUUCAUGAAACUCUGUAAGCCUUUUGGUAUCCUUGAAGCCUCUAGAACCGGUGUCAUGGCUAUGCCUAGAUCUCCUGUUCAUGAUCAUUAUGAACCUCAAACUGAACAUUCUUAUGAAACCGAAGAAGUCGAUGCUUCUUUGCUUCCUCCUGGAUAAAGCUCAUUUCUGUGUAAAUAAAAACCCACUUGUCAAAUCA